CCAGGACAAAAUCUCACUCCAAGGUUUUUUGAAAAGUUGGCAGUUUGUAGGGGUGUGUAUGUUCUCGUGGAAGUCUGCUGUGACAAAAUGUUCCAGAGCAGCCUUUAUAAGGGUCAUCCCAAGUGUGUUACUGGCUAGAGAGGACAGGAGAAGGCAAGUGGUGAUCACUAAGCAGCUAAAGGAGGACGUGCAGGGAUGAGACCCAUGGACCACAGCAAGCUGAAAUGUUGUCUCUUCUCCCUACUCUUGUUAACAGUAUCUGCAGCAGACCCUCUAUCCAAUGCAGCCACUUCAUCAAGUGCAGCCACUUCAUCCAGUGCAACCACACCAUCCUGUACGACACGUCGAUGUCUGGCCAGCAUGCUGAUUGCGAAAGAAGCUCUGAGUCAGCCACAGUCUCCAUCAUGCAUCUCAAAUAUCAGUGUGCCGUCAAUAGUGUACGAAACUCUGUCUGUUGACACAAAAAACCUUCGCUUUGAGAGUCGUCUGCAAGUCAUGCUGUCUUGGGAAGACCCUGACUUAUCAUGGGACACAUCAGUCUAUCAUCAUGAUAUGGUGGUCCUGCCUGUCAGAAAAAUCUGGACUCCUGAACUCCAUGUGACUAAUGGAGUGCAAACAACGAUGAAGCACGGCAACAAGGAUUUGCUGGUGCACAGCAACGGGACUAUAGAGCACAUGGUCAUCAUGAAUACUGUGGUGGGCUGUGAGGUCAAUCUGUACAAUUACCCCUUCGCUUCAGAUUUCUGCCCCAUCGCCAUCAAUGUGUGGGCACUUAGAGGAUGUGGUAUGUUCCUGAACUUUGGGGCUGUGAGCAAGACUAGCACAAACCGCGGGGAUUGGCUUACCGAGAACGUGGAACUCACUGCUAAAGGAGGCAGAGAUGAUCGCAACUAUCUAUGGGUGUCGCUGAAAAUGCGGUCCGAAACCCCGUUUCUGUCCCUGGUCCUGCCCAGUAUACUGAUCAUUGUGGCUGAUGUGGUGAGCUUUGCCCUGCCGCUGGGAGGGGGUGAGCGUAUCUCCUUCAAGGUUACACUGGUUCUCAGCUUCAUCAUGUUCCUCAUCAUCCUCAAGGAUCUUCUGCCUGAAGGAGGCCAGUGCAGCCCCAUCAUCCGAAAGCACUUCUGUUUCUGUUUGGUCAUCCUGGUGUUGAGCAUGUUGCAGUCUAUGGUGCUCACACGUCUGGCUAAGUGUGGCACUCUCUGGCCCUGCAGCCUCUCCAAGUCCAAAGACUCACCGCUUAAAGACACAGACAAUGAAGAGGAAUCCAGGCCUGAUAUUACUGUCAUCAAACUGAAAGCCUCAGAGGAAGAGAAGAAUUCACCCCUCCAGAAGGUGGUGAAGUUUCUCAACAAAAUGGCUGCACAAGACCAGAAAGAAGUUAGACACCAUCGCUUUGCCAACAAAGUAGACUUGAUCUGUUUCUGUAUCUAUCUCACCAUCCUCAUUGUUUAUACAGCCGCCAUUUUAUAUUUCUCCUUUGGUUCUCGAUGUGAGAUCAACCAAUUAGAAUUCUGGGAGAACUAAAUUCUUUAUUUGUCUGUUUGGGUCCUAGAGAAUGAUAGAGAAAGCAUUCCUAUAUCAUUCCCAUUAUGAUGUCUGUGAGCGCACCGGCAGCGCCAUUGAGGCAAUCUCCAUUUAAGUAGCCAAUUUUCUUCUUCUACUACUACUACUUCUAUGA